UUCAGGUUGUUGCUGGAAACCAGGCGCUCUCCGGGUCUUCUCUGUGCUCCAGCCCGGACGGGGAGAGCUGGGAAUAUCCCUGCCGGGAGGCGUGGACCCGGAGGAGCGAGAGAGCAGAGGCGUGGAAGUGGGACUCCGCUCCGGCCCUUUAUUCCUCUUUUAACGCCGAGGGACAAGAGAGACGGCGAGGCGAGGGCGAGCGCGGCUUCCCCUCGCCAUCUAGCCGCCGGAUCCUGCAGUCACAUUGCUGUACAGGAUACAAUGAACAAGAUGAAAACAUUCAAGCGGCGUUUUUCCCUUUCGGUUCCCCGGACAGAGACUAUUGAAGAGUCGCUGGCAGAGUUCACAGAGCAGUUCAACCAGCUCAACAACAGGAAGACUGAAGAUAUGGCACAAGGACGUCUGCACCUGGGUCAACUGAACAGGGAUAUUCGGACACAGCACAGCUCUGUUUCACCUUUGGAAGGCCAGUCUCCAACGGCCGUGCAUUACCGAAAUGGCAACCAGCGCCGCUUUUCGAUGGAGGACGUCAGCAAACGCCUCUCUCUGCCCAUGGAUAUUCAGCUGCCCCCGGAGUUCCUCCAGAAACUAGAGAUGGAAAGUCCAGAGAUUUCCAAGCCUCUUAGCAGGAUGUCUCGACGGGCUUCUCUUUCAGACAUCGGUUUUGGGAAGAUGGAGACCUAUCUUAAACUGGAGAAGCUGGGGGAGGGCACCUAUGCCACUGUCUUUAAAGGGCGCAGCAAGCUCACCAAGAACCUGGUUGCCCUGAAGGAGAUCCGGUUAGAGCACGAGGAAGGGGCCCCUUGCACAGCUAUACGGGAAGUUUCCUUAUUGAAGAACCUCAAGCAUGCAAACAUUGUGACUCUCCAUGAUAUCAUCCACACCAAAUGCGCCCUCACUCUUGUCUUUGAGUAUCUGGACAGUGACCUGAAGCAGUACCUGGAUAACUGUGGGAACCUGAUGAGCAUGUACAAUGUGAAGAUAUUCAUGUUCCAACUGCUGCGUGGGUUGUCCUACUGCCACCAGCUUAAGAUCCUACACAGAGACCUCAAGCCGCAGAAUUUACUCAUUAAUGGAAAAGGGGAAUUGAAACUCGCUGACUUUGGUCUAGCCAGAGCCAAGUCUGUCCCAACGAAAACCUAUUCCAAUGAAGUAGUCACAUUGUGGUACCGGCCUCCGGACGUCUUGCUAGGAUCCACAGAAUACUCCACUCCCAUUGACAUGUGGGGUGUGGGCUGCAUACACUACGAAAUGGUGACAGGACGUCCCAUGUUCCCAGGAUCCGCUGUAAAAGAGGAGCUGCAUUUAAUAUUCAGGAUGUUGGGAACCCCUACAGAAGAAUCCUGGCCUGGCAUCACAUCCAAUGAGGAAUUCAAGGCUUAUAAUUUCACACAGUAUCGAGCCCAGCCCUUGAUAAAUCAUGUGCCACGGUUGGACACAGAAGGAAUUGACCUGUUGACGAAUCUCCUCCUGUAUGAAGUCAAAAGACGCAUUUCUGCUGAAUCGGCCCUGCGACACCCUUACUUUAUGGCCCUAGGUGAACGGGUGCACCUCCUUCCCGAGACUGCCUCCAUCUUUUCUCUGAAGGAAAUUCAGCUUCAAAAGGACCCUGGCUGCCGAGGUUCAAGCUACCAGCACUCGGCUCGAGGAAAGAACAGGAGACAAAGCAUAUUUUAAGCCUGGUUUACUCAUUCAAUGCAUCACCAGGAAGAUGAAAGCACGGAAAGAGGAGUGGACCACAGAGAUCCCAUGGAGCUCAUCCCCGGAAUGAUAGCAGUUGGGGACACAGUACAGGAACUGCCUUGCAGUCCCAGGCUGCUUUCCAGGAUUCCACAAUUUUCACCAGUCAGGAAAAGCAAGAAGACUUGGUGCCUGCCUGCCUGGUCCAGCCCCCGUUCUUCACACAAAUAUCAGUAUACUCUAUCUGAGCAAGGAUCUUCAUCCAGCAGUGGACUGCCCUCAAGUGGGGCCGGAAACGUGGGUGCAUUCAUUGGCCACCACUGUAGAGAGAAGCAAAACAGAAGGCAGUAAGCAAAGACCAGGAUCUCACUGCAGAAUCAACACCUGCUUUGCUUCUUGUCAUGUCAUGACAAAUGUGCUGAAUUCCAUUGUUUGUUUUUCCCCCCCAUCAUGAGAUGACUCCUAGGACAACAGGCAAACACGAUGAGUAUGAUAUUAACAGCUGGAAAGCCCUUUGAUCCACUCUUAGGCAGAGCUGUCUGCCUUUGAACUGAAAAGGAAACUUUACGUUUUAACCAAGGGCAACAAAAAAAUAAUAGGAGAGCCUUUUUUCUUUGUUUUUCCUCUGUUCUGUUAUCAAGAAUGAAUCUCAAUUUUGAAAGGUACAAAGGUUUCGGAGAGAGAAUGGGAGUGGGGGAGGCCUUUUGCUGGAUUUUCUUGGCCCUCUCAUUCCAGUGUUUGUUUUCUGAACUCAAGCUGCUACGUACACACACACAAAUCCAGAUUUAGGCUUUCUCACAAGUUGGUUUCAGAUCGCAGAGCAUGAUCUAAAUCGUGCUUUAUUAGAUUUAUUAUAAACUUAAUCUCUUUAAGCCAUCCCAUGGAUCGUUCAUCAAAAACCUGCCACUAAACAAAUAGAUGCACUUUCCUUACAAAAGAGAACGGAGUUCCAACUCAAGAACUGCAAAAGCAUCUGAGUCUUUAUCAAAGCUCACUGUAAAAUGUGAAAGAACUUGAGCCUUCCUUCCAUUUGUGGUUCCUGUAGCAAAUUCUGCCUUUGUGACCAAUACCCGAAGAUGUGCCUGCCCUUUUCAUUUCUUGCCCAUGUCACUCAGGAAUGGCACUUAGUAAUAAUCAGAAAACUUUCUCAAAGACUCUGGUCACACACAUGCAUGCUCACUACAAUCUUGUGCAUGUUUACUCAGAAGAAGUAAGCCCCAUUGUGUUAAUAGGGUUUACUCCCAGGUAAAUGUGCAUAGGAUUGCAACCAUAUGGAACAUACAUUGUAUUAUGAUCAAUUGUAGUUGCUUUUUUUUCUUUUGUUUAGUCAGGAGCAGGUCCCAUUCAGGCCAAUCAAGCAAGGUCCAGUUUGGAACAGGUCCCCAGAUGGCAGACUAAUUCUCAAAAUAUCUUGCUUUGAAAGGUUUUUUCCUUUUUUAAGGAACCUGAAUUUCUGUCACUUUUCUUUCACUUUAGUUGGGUGGAGUAGAACCAGAAAGCUUGCGUCCUCUAAGCUGGAUGUCUUCUAGCGCUGCAAAUCAGAAGGCAUUGUGCAACUAUUCCCUCUUUCCCUUCUAAGGGUGCAAUCCUAUGCAUGGCUAGGGCAUGCUGGGAGUUGUAGGGCUUUUUUCUGUCUAAACAUGCAUAGGAUUGUGUCCUAAACUAAUUUUCUGGAGUAAGAAAAAAGAUGGAAGGAGUGGUAGGAAAACACAGGAAGGUUAUAAGUCUGAGACAUUGUCUGGACCCCUUAUAAAAUUCUGUGAAUGGUGCAGGGCAAUUGCUCAAUAAAGUCUCUUCUGAAAGGAGCAGAUUCUUGUAAUCAGAUAAGGUUUCUCUUUGACUGCCAUGAGGUCUUGUCAUGGUUACGUCAUUCAUACUGUACAGCCUCUGAGAAACAGGUUCCUUCAAAGUCUCAUUUUUGACAAUUGUUAAUAGAGUCAUUUGAUUUAGUGGUACUUCCACUGGCACAGUAAUCAUGCAGGAUGUGUUCUGAACAACAUUCCCAACACAGGAAUGACCUUAUCAUGGAAAUAGUCAGUUCAGGCAGCAAAUUUCAGAAGGAGGAACAAGUUACUGUCUCCAUUCUCCGAAUCUGUGACAUUUCCAGGCUAGCCAGUUGA